GGGCACUAGAGGGGCUGGGAGCAUUGCUCCCCCUGGCAGGGGCCCUGGCAUGAGCUGCCCUGCGCGAGGCAGGUGCAGGCCGGGGCUGUGACCCCCUUUGGCACCUGCCCCCCGGGUCCUGCCCCAGCAUGGCCUCCCCACCGGCCAGGCCGGGGUCCCCCGGGGCGGCGGGGCUGCUUCACGGUGGCCGGGCGCGCUCCUACGGCAGCCUGGUCACGUCGGCGGCGUCCCCGGUGCGGGAGCGGCGGCUGGAGCAUCGCCUGGCGCCGGGGGACACGCUGCCGGGGCUGGCGCUGCGCUACGGGGUCACGAUAGAGCAAAUCAAGCGCGCCAACCGGCUCUACACCAACGACUCCAUCUUCCUCAAGCGGACACUGUACAUCCCGGUCCAGGUGCGGGCAAAAGGCUUGAUCCUGCAGGAGGGGGAAGGAGCCAGGCAGCCCCCUGAGGGUGAGGAGCAGCCGGAGUCACAGCCCCGGGAUGGGGAUGGAGCCAGGGCUGGUUCUGGCCUCCGCCACGAUUUAUCAGCCAUGGAUUUCCUGCGCCAGCUGGACUCGCAGAUCAGCCUGUCCAAGGAGGCCGCAGCCAAGAAGCUGCGGGAAGGGAAGAUCGCCAUGUCCGGGGCCGAGGCGGGAGCUGGUAGGACGGUCCCUGGGCGGAACGAGCCCUCGCCCCGCACCCAGCAGCGCUCUCUGCUGGGCCCAGUGCCGCUCACCAAGACGCUGCGGGCUACUGUGCUGCGGGAUGAGGAGGAUGAGAUCUUCAAGCUCUGACUUCCCCGGAUCCUUGUGGCUUUGGACUACUGGGCCAUGGCACUGGUGGCGCCUGCAGCCUUCGGAGGAGCUGGUUGGAGGGCCAAACCCUCCCCCCCACCUUCAUCCUGAUGCACGGGUCUUGGUGAGCGUGACACACAUGUGAAGGGCUUUCACAAUGCUGCUUUGUUCCCACGUGGCCUUUCCUGCCCUGUCUCAGCCCUGUGGGCAGAUUCUACCCGCCAGACCCCCUGCCCUAUCCCUGCUGGGGCUCCCUAUGUUCUCGCCCCACCUGCCCCACUCUCCCCUCACCAGGCAAGAGGGGGCAGUGCCAAGUUCCACACUGCCCUCCAGCCCCCUCACCUGCUGGGUCUCAGCUGAGGAGACCUGAUGCCCGGUCCCCUGUCAGCACCCCCUGCUGAUGUCCCCCAGCCCUGGUCCCCAGCCUCCCGGCCCCUGGUCUCUACCAGGCACUAGGCCAGUGGGAGCUGGACCAGUGCCCGUUGCCGGCCCACUCUGGCCCUCCACAGCAGGUCUGUUGACACCCAUCUCCCUCCCCACUCAUGAGCUGCCUGGCAUUAGGAGAAAGGGCCAGGGCCUGAACUUGAACUUCUUCAUCACUUUCCACCAGUUUGCUGUCAGAGGGUCCCUUACUGGAUUCUGCUGACUGGCACCAGGACCAAGGGCAGGGAGACCCCAAUCUGACCUGCUAAGGGUCACGGAUGAAGGUUUCUUGGUCAGGGGGGUACGUGAUCACCACAGCAGGCAGCAGUGUCAGGAGGGGAGUAGGGUGCAUAGAACAUAUCUCUUGGGCUCCUUCAGGGGUGAGACACACCCCCCCCUCCCCCGUCUCCUUCACCUUCACGCUGGGGUUGGGGACCCUCCUCAGUGAACAGGGGCCCAGCCGAGCUCUGGUGCCCGUGCUUGUAACCAGCCCCUCUUGCCAUGUACUCAUCCCUGGAUCUCUAAUAAAACCUGGAGGAAAUAA